CCCCCAGGGCAUUUGAAAAACAUACCAUAAUUACAGUUAUGUCACAAUGAUGCAGUGAAAGAUUAAUGGUAUAGACCUGGUAUCAAGUGUUACAUAAAAACCAUUAGACCUAUCCCAGAGAUGUCUUGUUCAACAAAUGUAACAUUCUCAAUUGUUGUGACUGGGAGAGUGCUGCAAUGUCAGUUGUCCAUGCUGCGAAAAGCUGACAGACUGAUUUAUUGUGGAAUGGAAAAGAAAGCCAAGCAAAACUUUGGUGCACAUAAAGCAAUGAUGCUAGAAACAAAAACUAAAGUGAUAGGCUUUUUGACCCUGUCUGUCUCAGAAAUUCUGAACAGCACUCAAAUCUCAAAUGGAAAAAAAAAUCAUAUAUCCAUUAAAGAGUAGGCUAAGAGGAAAACUGUGAAGUUACUGGCAUUUCUGUGACACGUCAAAUGUAACUUUCUACACUUCAUCAGAAAAAUAUAAAGCAGCCACCCCCUUCAACUGUACAAGUUGAAUCACAAGUGAAUCUGCUAUAGCCUACAAAAACCUUUCCUAUAGCCUACUCUCUACUCUCAUCUAAACUACUAGUUUGCCUGAAAGCCGGGUUUCACCUUCUGCUCAAGAGCAAGUCACGUCGACAAUAAAUUCGGUUGCCCAGAAACCUAUUUCUUUCACUCACUCAAGAAUAAACGAGGUGAAGGAAUGAAUAGCUGGGAGGGAUGGGUGAAUGAAUAGCAACGCGAGUUACACCCACCUUCGCAUGCAUGCCUCAACUGCCAGCGCGCGAGCUACAGAUAGUUUAGCUUGAGCAGCCCGCGGUGACAGAAGCUGAAGGUGCAGCGGACAAGACAUUUCCGUAGCUGUAUUUUGGAACCUAUGUAUUAAACAGGGACCUGAGUUUGGUGCCCAGUGAAUCCGCAAAGAUGCAAGUGGCAGGGUUCAGCUCUCUGCUGAUUCUGACUUCAGUAUGGCUUGUUCCCCUGCCGGUGCAGGGUCAAGUUCCAUCUCCACGAAGAUUACGUUUUAAAGUUUUGGGCACAGACAAACUCAGCGUGUCUUGGAAAGAGCCCAAAGGAGAUUUUGAGGGCUAUAAGCUGUUCUAUAACACAGAGUCAGGUAAAGAGGUGAAGGAAAUACGGACGCCUAAGAAUGAGGUGAAGGCUGUGAUAGAGAACUUUGACCCUGACCAGGAGUACAACAUUAAAGUUGUAGCUGUUCGUGGGAACCAGGAGAGCAAGCCACUGGUGGGACAGUACAAGACACAAGGCACAGGCACAGAUGCAAGUAAUGCCAUUGUGCAGCCACAGAAGAAGAAAGAUCCCGCUGCUAAUGAGGAGGACAAUGAGAUCAGAGAAGUGGACCUGUUUACAUGUAAAAUCCCAGCCACUGCGGACAUUGUGAUCCUGGUCGAUGGCUCCUGGAGUAUUGGCCGCAUCAACUUCCGCCUGGUCCGAGCGUUUCUGGAGAACUUGGUCAGUGCUUUCUCAGUGGGCUCAGACAAGACCAGAAUUGGUUUGGCUCAGUACAGUGGUGACCCACGGAUUGAGUGGCAUCUGAAUGCCCACACGACCAAACAGUCUGUGAUUGACGCUGUGAAGAACCUGCCAUACAAAGGAGGCAACACACUCACUGGCCUUGCACUGACGUACAUCUUGGAGAACAGUUUUAAGCCAGAGUCAGGGGCCAGGACGGGCAUUCCCAAAAUUGGCAUCCUGCUAACAGAUGGGAAAUCACAGGAUGAUGUGCAGCCUCCUGCUCAGAGUCUCCGGAAUGCAGGAAUUGAGCUAUUUGCCAUUGGUGUGAAGAACGCUGACGAGAAUGAGCUGAAGGCCAUCGCCUCUUCUCCUCAGGAGACCCAUGUGUAUAAUGUGGCAGACUUCAGCGACAUGAGCAGCAUCGUGGAAGGCCUCACCCGCACCAUCUGUGAUCGCGUCGAGCAGCUCAACAAGGAUCUCAAAGGUGAAUCUCCGCAGCCAGAGAGCCCUGCUCCCCCGCGUGAUCUGGUGACCUCUGAGGUGACGGCGCGGAGCUUCCGAGUGACCUGGACACAUGCGCCCGGUGCGGUUGAGAAGUAUCGCGUGGUGUACUACCCUGCCAAAGGAGACAAGCCAGAGGAGGUGGUGGUGAACGGCAACGAGAACACGGUGGUACUGCGCUACCUGAACUCCCUGACCGAGUACCAGGUGGCCGUAUUCGCCGUCUACAGCAACACCGCCAGCGAAGCUCUCCGCGGCACUGAGACGACGUUGGCCUUGCCCAUGGUGGACAACCUGGAGCUCUUCGACGUCACUCACAACAGCAUGCAGGUCCGCUGGAAGGGCGCGGCGGGCGCCUCGGGGUACAUGAUCCUCUACGCCCCACUCACAGAGGGGGACCCAGCCGACGAGAAGGAGGUGAAAGUGGCGGACACUGUGACAGAGGUCGAGCUGGAGGGUCUGACCCCAGACACCGAAUACACAGUGACCGUCUACGCCAUGUAUGGAGACGACGCCAGUGACCCUAUGACUGGUCAAGAAACCACAUUGCCGCUCUCCCCGGCACGUAACCUUCGCAUCACGGACGUCGGCCACAGCUCUGCCCAGCUGGGGUGGAACGAAGCGUCCAGGAAGGUCAGAGGUUACCGCAUUGUGUAUCUGAAGACCAGGGGCGCAGAGUCCAAGGAGUUUGAGGUGGGCCCCGUCACUACUCAGCUGCUGCAGAAUCUGACCUCACUGACGGAGUACACUGUGGCCGUCUAUGCCAGAUACGCUGAGGGCCAAUCGGAAGCUCUCAGGGGGAGCUUCACCACCAAGACGGUUCCUGAGCCUCUGAAUGCGCGAACCAAAGAGGUCGGCCAGACCAGCUUCCGGGUCAGCUGGCAGCACCCUGCUACAGACGUCGUUCUCUACAAACUCCUGUGGGGAGAGAGUGACGGAGAGACAGACGUUGAAGAGGUCAUGGUGAAUGCCCAAACCAACACCUACCUUGUGACUGGCCUGAAGCCCUUCACCGAAUACGAAGUGUCCCUCUCCGCCAUCUACAAGGACGAGUCGGAGAGCGAAUCAGUCAUCCUGAUAGAAACUACUGCAGCAGGAACCACAACCGUCAGGACGACCACCACCACAACCGCAGUGGCGCGUCAGGCCGUAAGGAACAUGCAGAUCAGUGACCAGACCACCUUCAGCUUCCAGGUGUCUUGGGAGCUACAGGACCCCAAUGUCCGCCAGUAUCGCAUCUCCUACGUGACGGCACAAGGGGACCGCGCAGAGGAGGUGAAAAUGAUCUCAAGCCAACAGAAGAAUAUUCUGCUCCAGUCUCUGCUCUCUGACACAGAGUACAGAGUGACCGUCACCCCUAUCUACGCCGACGGACCAGGCCCUGUCAUGACCCGCGCGGGCCGCACCUUGCCUCUGACUGCACCUAGGAAUCUAAGAGUGUCAGAGGAGUGGUACAACCGUUUCCGGAUCACCUGGGAUACACCUCCCUCCCCCACCAUGGGCUACAGAAUUGUCUACCAGCCCAUCUCAGCCCCAGGCCGUGCCCUGGAGACGUUUGUGGGUGAAGACGUGAACACCAUCCUGAUCCUCAACCUGCUCACGGGUACUGAGUACAGCGUCAAAGUCAUCGCCUCGUACACCACAGGCUCCAGUGAGGCGCUCGUUGGGAAGGCCAAGACCUUGUACCUGGGCGUGACCAACCUGAAGACCUACCAGGUGCGAACCACCAGCAUGUGUGCCCAGUGGCAGCCACAUCGCCAUGCCACCCUAUACCGCGUCAUCAUUGAGUCUCUUCUCAAUGGAGAGAGACAGGAGGCGUCACUGGGAGGGGGCGCAACCAGACACUGCUUCAGCAACCUGACGCCCAACACAGACUACAAGAUCAGCAUCUACGCCCAGCUGCAGGAGACCGAGGGACCCGCUGUCACCACCAUCCAGAAAACAUUCCCCCUGCCUACCGCAGCUCCAACGAGACCCCCCACCACCCCACCUCCUCCCACUGUGCCCCUAGCCAAAGAAGUUUGUAAAGCAGCCAAGGCUGAUCUCGUCUUCUUGGUGGACGGCUCCUGGAGUAUUGGCGAUGACAACUUCCACAAGAUCAUCCGCUUCCUGCACAGCACGACUGGGGCGCUCGACCAGAUCGGCCCAGAUGGCACACAGGUGGCAAUUGCUCAGUUCAGCGACGAUGCCAGGACGGAGUUUAAACUCAACUCGUACAACAACAAGGAGCGGCUGCUGGAGGCGAUUCAGCGCAUCGCUUACAAGGGAGGCAACACCAAAACAGGGAAAGCCAUAAAGCACGUAAAGGACACCAUCUUCACCACAGAAGGGGGUAUCAGGAGGGCCGUCCCCAAAGUGCUUGUGGUCCUCACCGACGGACGCUCCCAGGACGACGUCCACAAGGUCUCCAAGGAGAUUCAAAUUGAAGGUUACAUCGUUUUUGCCAUCGGGUUUGCGGAUGCCGACUAUGGGGAGUUGGUGAGCAUCGCCAGCAAGCCCAGUGAGAGGCACGUCUUCUUCGUGGAUGACUUGGAUGCUUUCCGGAAGAUUGAGGAAAAGCUAGUCACAUUUGUAUGCGAAUCUGCAUCUGCAACUUGCCCAUCUGUGCCAAUGAGAGGCAGCACUAUGCCAGGCUUUAGGAUGAUGGAAGUGUUUGGACUGACAGAGCAACAAUACAGCAACCUUGACGGGGUGUCCAUGGAGGCCGGCACAUUCAACGUAUUCCCCUGCUACAAGCUUCACAAGGAUGCCUUCAUUGUGCAGCCCACCAGGUAUAUCCACCCAGAGGGCUUGCCUUCCGACUACACCAUCACCAUGCUGUUCCGCCUGCUCCCCGAAACCCCUGAGGAACCGUUCGCUUUAUGGGAGAUCCUCAACCAAAACAAUGAGCCCCUUGUUGGUGUCAUUCUAGACCAUGGCGGGAAGACUCUCACUUUCUUCAACAACGACUACAGAGGAGAGUUCCAGACCGUCACCUUUGAGGGGCCCCAGAUCAAGAAGCUAUUCUUCGGCAAUUUCCACAAGCUCCACCUAGUUGUCAGCAAGACCACCGUCAGGGCCAUGAUUGACUGUAAGCUGGUGGGGGAGAGGCCGGUCAACGCGGCGGGGAACAUCACCACCGACGGAGUGGAGGUGCUGGGAAGGAUGGUGCGCUCCAGGGGUCAAAAGGACAAUUCAGCACCAUUCCAGCUCCAGUCCUUCGAAAUCGUCUGCAGUACAUCCUGGGCCAGCCGGGACAGGUGCUGUGAUCUCCCAUCCCUGAGGAAGGAGGAAGAUUGCCCAGCUCUCCCACGUGCGUGCACCUGCACACAGGACAGCAAAGGCCCACCUGGACCCCCUGGACCUCCUGGUGGCCCUGGAAUUAGAGGAGCAAGAGGAGACAGAGGAGAGCCGGGCCCUGUGGGUCUAUCUGGGCCAGUGGGAGAUGCAGGAAUUCCAGGGCUUCAGGGACCCCCUGGCCCACAGGGACCAAGUGGGAGAACCAUCAUGGGACCCCCAGGUGGCCCUGGUGAACGUGGUCAGAAAGGGGAUGCAGGCCCACCUGGAUCUCAGGGCAACCCAGGUACAACUGGCCCACGUGGAAAUGCAGGACCACCUGGACCAAGGGGCCAGACUGGGAAAGAUGGAUCUCAAGGACGACAGGGUCCCCCAGGAAAUAUUGGUGGGCCAGGAGCCCCAGGGGCGCCAGGACAGAAUGGACCACCUGGCGCGGUCGGACAACAAGGCCCGCCUGGUCCCUCUGGAGGUAAAGGAGAGAAGGGUGAACGAGGUGAUGUCCAGUCCACGUCUAAUGUUCAGGCUAUUGCACGACAAGUUUGUGAACAGCUUAUACAGAGUCAUAUGGCGCGCUUCAGCUCUGUCCUAAACCAUGUCCCGAGUGCACCCGUGUCUGUCCGCACAGUCCCUGGACCCCCGGGUGAGCCAGGCAGGGCAGGACCGCGUGGCCCGCAGGGAGAGCAGGGACCCCCAGGACGGCCUGGGUUCCCGGGCAGCAACGGAGAGAAUGGCCAACCAGGAGCCAGAGGUCUAGCGGGUGAGAAGGGGGAGAAGGGAAGCCAAGGCGUUGGUGUACAAGGUCCCAGAGGGCCUUCAGGUCCACCAGGACCGCCUGGAGAAGGCAGGACUGGUAGCACAGGCCCAUCUGGUCGUCCGGGCAACCCUGGCACCCCUGGCCGACCUGGCAUCCCGGGCCCUGUUGGACCAGCUGGUCCCCCAGGCUACUGUGACCAGAACUCUUGUAUGGGCUACAACAUAGGAGGCCAACAACCACAAUAUGCGAAUGCCUACUGAGUAGCAGCCUCCUCAGACACACGCAGAUCACAGGCUGUCAUUUGUGAUCUGUGGGGAUGUGUCCAGUAGCCCACUAGCAGUACAGUACCAAUUCUCAAAAGCAUGUAAAACACACACACACACACACACAUAUGCACUGAGUGGAUACAUACAAUCCACACACAAAAACUACAUGCGGUCACAUAGAUGUACGCACACAGACUACUGAUCCCCUGAUGUUUUUCUUCUCCGACCGUCAUUGUGUAUCAUAUGGCCCCCCCAAAAAGCCACACUCUUAUUUAAUUCAUUUGGUUUUCAGACUGAGGCGCACAUUUCAAGAGAGUAAAUGAGAAAAAGAAAAGAUAGUAAGCUAUGCCAGAUAUGUGACUGUGAGGGUGGAAUUAAUUUGAUAUUGAAUGCGGUGGAGGAGAAUGCAACCCUUUGUUGCAUGCUGUACAGUAGUGUCGCCUAUGCAUUCCCUGUGAAAUGAUUGCCACCCUCGCAUGUUACAACUGACUAGGCUGAGUAAUGUGCUUUGAAGCCAGACUGUCCUCACUUACUCUUUUGAAAUGCAGUGCAUUUGACCUCUAGGCCACUGUGUUUUUGAUUAUUCUGCCAUAGUCAUUUGUUAUAUUUCUGAACCACAUUGCCUUGAGAUCGAGUACAAUUACAGAUUGCCUUUGAUAUUGAGACUCCUUUUGUAGUUUUUCCAUGUAAACUUCCACGCCCAUGUGUUGUGUUCUUCUUACCAUGUGUCAACGUGAACUUUGUCAGUAACUCUCUGCUUAUCUGUAUCUCUGCUCCUUCCUUUUGUCUCGUCUCUCUAACCCUCCGAACAAAAAACUUACACUUGCGCUUGCUGGGGUCGGUGGUGGUAAAAGAGGAAGAGUCUGAAGGUGACCCAUCUCCCCGGGGUAUUUCUGUAGCCCAAGUGCCCAGUGCCUACCAGCCGUACGACCCCAGAGAACACGAUGAACCGGAGGGUGGCUAUAACUACGGUGUGGCCUACGGCUCAGAGUACU